CAGCUGCCCUUGCACCGAAGCCCCGAGGCCUUCGCUCCGUAUCUUUAUCCCAAACCAACCCGCCCCGCAGGAGUCCGCACCCGGCGAGCUUCCCAUCGACAUCCCCGCGCAUCUGCUAGCUGCUAUCCGCGACCCAAGCAUCAUAUCCGCGAUGACUACUACGUACAACAAGCCUGCCGACACCGUCGAUGGGGCGAAGACUACGACUACUCCGGCUAUGAGUGGUUCAAGGAUCCCCCUCCGCGGCCUGAGGUGUGUUUGUCGUGCCGUGCUUCCCUGCGGGUGUCCUAUGCCCGACCAGGCGGCCAUGCAUCAAACGCGAUGUUUGAUUUCGCGCUGAAGAGUGCCCCCAAUGUCCUCUAUUCAAAAUACAAGCAGUAUGGCCAACUCGGCGUCCUCGCGUGGAGCUCCGAGUUCAGCGAGAUGAUCGACGCCCUGAAGGGCCUCGGCUUCGAGGGCAACAUGUUCGUCGCGACGCGCACGCAGGCGCUCCGGACGUGCGAGGAGAUCGUCAAGUUGCUCAAACGAACCUCAAGGUCGACAUGCAGAUCAUCGUCCUCUACUUAUGCAACCAGGUCGUCCGCCUCCGCCGGUUCCUCGACGGCGACCACCAGUGGAACGACUACCCCGAGACGACGUUCCCCAUUGACCCUUAUAAGCAU